AUGAGUUUUCGUAGCUGGGAGCUAUACGAGUAUCCAUUGUUGCCCAGUACAUCUAAACACGUGUGGACUGUCAAGACUGCCAAUCAGCUGGAGAAGCCUCGCUUUGUUAUUCUUGGCUUCCAGACAAAUUGCAAAGGACGAAAAACAGCCAAUGCUAGUCGCUUUGAUCAUUGCAAUAUAAGCAACGUUACACUUUUUCUCAACUCUCAACACUAUCCCUAUGGAAAUUUCAAUCUCAAUAUUACUAAUAAUCAGUAUGAUCUACCCUACGAUAUGUAUGCCAACUUUCAAAAUGCUUACUACAACAAAGAGGUAGAACCAAUGCUGAAAAAAGCCGACUAUCUGUCGUAUGCCCCUCUCAUUGUCAUUGACUGCUCAAAACAAAAUGAGUCACUUAAGCAAGCAUCAGUUGAUGUACGUCUCGAAUUUGAGGCUAGGGCAAAUAUUCCAGUUGGCACCUCUGCAUACUGUCUCAUCCUACACGAUCGCAUAGUCGAAUACAACCCUAUGAGUGGAGAUGUUAAAAAAAUCGUUUAA